AUGUUCAAAAUUUUGGCAAUUUUCCUGUUGGCUAUCAUUCCCUUGGCUCACUCGUUAUUUGGGAUUUUGGGAUCGAGGCAAAGUGUUACUGUAACUGGAAGAUUGAUUUGUGAUGGACAACCGGCUAGUGGGGUUUUGGUGAAGAUGUAUGAGGAUGGAACUAGUGAGUUUUCUUAAGAAGGGUAUUUCAACCAACAAAAAAAUUAAAUACAUAUUUCCAGUCUACGAUUCCAAACUCGACUCUGUUCGAACCAGUGCCGAUGGAACUUUUCGAAUCUCUGGAACCCGAACUAAAAUCCGCACUAUCAAUCCAAAAAUCAAUAUUUAUCACAAAUGCAAUUACAAUGGGUUGUGCUCCAAAAAACUGGCUAUAAAUGUGCCGAAAUCUGCUGUUCAAAGUGGCUCAAGCUCGUUGCAAAAUUACGAUAUUGGAACUCUGAAUUUGGCAAAUCGAUUCAAAGGAGAAUCUGUAGAUUGCAUUCAUUAG